AGGUCGUCUGGUUUCCAUUUCGGUUAAUGACUGAAGCACCCUCACCAAGGUGGCAACAAACCUGUAUAUUAUUUUCAGCAGUCACAAGAACAUGCGCAGUGGUUAACUUUCAGAGGGAUGGCUCUGCCAUUAUUAUGGUACAUUGUAGUGUGGCUGUUGCACGACACUGAUUUGGUCCUGGCUGACAUAAGCAAAUUGGUGAUGCUCCCGAAUUCCAUAAGCACAAACUGCUCUUCUAAGGAAGUGUGUCAGUUCAGUCGUAGGUGCAUCAAGUGUAAUCAUUUGCAAGACACAAAAGGCUUCGAUUAUGAACAAAUCGAUGAAAGUUCUCCUACACCAAUGUCACGUGAUCAAACAUAUGAGCUUACGGAGUUCAUUCAUAGCCAUCAUCGCAUUAAAGACCGAGGAACUCAUUCUCAAUUCCAAUUGAACCUGUCGAGCCUAUAAGGCAAAUAUAUAGGUAGGAAGGAUGAUUAGUUUAACAUGCUUUAUUUAUAGCUAAUUGUAGUUUUUGCUGGCUUGUAUGAAUAUAAACUAAUUAAAUAAUUAAAUUUAUUUAUUCCAA